UAGAUGUUAAAAGUCAUUUUGGAAACACCUGGAAGAUACUCCCAGCUCCGAUGGCCAUGGCGAACAACAGCACCACGGCCAACAGCCACCCAGCGCCGCCGUACCGCCCCUACCGCCUCAAGAAGAUCCUCACCGGCCACACACGCGCCGUGUCCAGCGUGAAAUUCUCCAACAGCGGCGCGCUCUUCGCCUCCGCCUCCCUCGACAAAACCCUAAUCGUGUACUCCACCGAGACCCUCUCCCAAAUCUCCCGCCUUAUCGGCCACGCCGAGGGCGUCUCCGACCUCGCCUGGUCCUCCGACUCCACCUACGUCUGCUCCGCCUCCGACGAUCGUACGAUCCGGAUCUGGGACGCACGCGCCGCCGAGUGCGUGAAGACGCUCAAGGGCCACACCGACAUGGUCUUCUGCGUGAAUUUCAACCCGCAGUCGAAUCUAAUCGUCUCCGGGUCCUUCGACGAGACGGUUAGGGUUUGGGACGUCAAGACAGGGAAAGCCGUCCACGUGAUUCGGGCCCACGCGAUGCCGGUGACCUCGGUGCAUUUCAACCGGGACGGCUCGCUGAUCGUGUCCGGAAGCCACGACGGGUCGUGCAAGAUCUGGGACACGGCCACCGGGACAUUGCUGAAGACGAUGAUCGAGGAUAAGGUGCCGGCCGUGUCAUUUGCUAAAUUCUCGCCCAACGGCAAGUUCAUUCUGGUGGCCACACUGGACGAUACACUCAAGCUAUGGAACUACUCGGCUGGGAAGUUCUUGAAGAUAUAUACAGGCCAUGCGAACAAAAGCUUCUGCAUAACCCCAACAUUCUCCGUGUCUGGUGAGAAGUACAUAGUGAGUGGUUCAGAGGAUAAACUUGUGUAUAUUUGGGAUUUACAAGGUAAAAAUCUUGUACAGAAACUCGAAGGGCACACGGAUACUGUUGUUUCUGUAACGUGUCAUCCCACUUUGAACAUGAUUGUUUCUGCCGGGCUUGAUAAUGACCGGACGGUAAGAGUCUGGGUUCAAGAUUAGUUUUUUUUAUGUGUCGAGUUUGUGAAUGGGUCUCGUUUAUUUCCUUUUGAUUUUUCAGGGGAGCAAGAGGUUUCGGUUUUGUAGAGUUGAGUUGAGUUUGUGUAUUAGUUUUUGGAAGGCAAUUACUGAACUACUAAUUACAUCAUUACAUGUAUGGUUAUAGAUUUGAAAAGCUCUUAACCAACAGGUUUGUUAUUGCAGAUGUUUGUAUACUUUCUUGACCAACAGUAAAAUCCGUACGAAUUGUCUCAUAGUGUAAUGUGGUUGUGUGUUGAUCUAAUGGUAAAAUCCCUAGUGCUUUUAAAUUAAAUGAGCUUGGCUCGGCUCGUUUGAUGAGCAAGUCGAGCUCGGCUCGGUUCGAUAAGGCUCGUUAAAGUUCGAA